AUGGCUUCGCACAAAAAGCUGAAGCAACUCUUGGCCAUUGUUUCACUCAGUGACUUCAGUGUUAUGGUUCUGUUGAGGCAGCUGAAUUACGGUCUGAUUCUGAGUUCGUGUUUGAAAUAUUUUCAAUUUCCGUUAAGAACUUUGACGCGACGUUAUCACCAUUUCACAAACAAAGUGAAAUUUAGCAAUGAACGUUUUAUUUCGUUGCAGAUGGGAGGUAUCAGUACAACCGAUGGAUUCAAAUUUGCAUGGCCCUUUCCGAGAAAGCCAUCGCUUUUGUAUAAAAUUAAAUCAAGAGCUGUUAUGAUAAUGGUAGAAACUUUUGCGAAAUCGUUAUUUGCGCUGAAUUUGAAUCGUAUCACUGUAAUAAAUCGUGAACGAUUGAUACGAUUAGUGGUGGAUCGAACAAGGCCAUUGAUAACAGUUGCGAAUCAUCGGUGUAUGAUCGAUGACCCUCUCGUCUGGGCUCUAUUUUCAUGGCGUGAGUUCUUCGCGAAUUUAUCGAGAUGUCGUUAUACGUUAACAGCUCAUAACAUCUGCUUCACAAAAGCAUGGCAUACAACACUCUUCUCACUGGGUCGUUGUGUACCGGUUGUGCGUGGUGCUGGUGUUCGUCAGAAAGGUGUUGAUUUUUGUAUAGAAAAAUUAGCAGACAAUAAUUGGGUGCACGUAUUUCCCGAGGGUAAAGUAACACCUCAUCCGAUUCGUAUCAAAUGGGGAGUUGCUAGAUUGGUUGGUUAUCCAUCAGUUGUUUUGAGUGAAUUUUCAUUCUCUUGUCUCUCAGUCAUUCACGUAUGUUUGUUUGUUCUUUGA